AUGAGUGAGAAAGCAGGUGCAGGUGAGUUUUUCGAAGAAGACACGGGUGACAAUGAAGAUGUUUAUCCCGAAUUGCCAAACAUUUUCAAUGAUAAGCUCAAUUGGAAGGAGCAGGAACCUGUUUUAGGUAUGAGGUUUGAGAGUCCUAAGCAAUUGAAACACAUGCUUUGUAACUAUGUUGCCGCGAAUGGUUAUCAAUUAUGUUUUGUUAAGAAUGAUACUAGACGAUUACUUGUCAAAUGUUGUGAUGGCAAAUGUACUUUUAGGCUUUGGGGUUCUUGGAUGAGUGAAGAUAAGUCUUUCCAGAUAAAAUCUCUUAUCAGUGAGCAUAAUUGUGCAAAGAAUUUCAAAUUCGGAUCAAUUGUGACUUACAAAUGGAUAGGGACCCACUUUAAGCACCAAUUUUAUAACAAUCAAAAGAUGAGCGUCCAAAUGCUUAGAGAGGAGGUAAAAACAAAUUUUGGGAUUAACGUGAGUAUGAGUCGGUGUAGGAGAGCCAAGAAGUAUGCAUUGAGUCUAGUUGAAGGGACAAUAGCUGAGAAUUAUGCAAGAUUAUGGUCAUAUGGUGAGGAGAUUAGAAGAUCAAAUCCUGGAUCCACAGUUAAAAUUUGUGUUGAUUCAAUGCCUGAUGGGGAGUUGCUUUGUGUUGUGGGUAGAGAUGCUAACAAUGGAAUAUUCCCAAUUGCUUGGGCAGUUGUUUCUGUGGAAAACAAAGAGAAUUGGAAAUGGCUCUUAAAAAGUCUUUCAGAAGAUCUGCAAUGUUGGAAUGAUGGUAACGGUUUGGUUCUAAUUUCGGAUCAACACAAGGGUUUGAUUGAGGCAGUAAAGGAAGUAUUUCCAGCAGCUGAAAAUAGGCAGUGUGCUAGACAUAUCUAUGCGAAUUUUAGAAAGACAUUUAGUGGAUCCAAGUUUGAAAAUCUGUUUUGGAAAGCGAGCAAGGCAACAACUGAAGCACAAUUUAAUGUAGUUAUGAAAGAGAUUGGAAAAUUAAAUCCGGAAACAGUUGUGCAUCUUAUGGCUAGAGAUCCAAAGACUUGGUCUUUGGUUUUUUUCAGAGUUCAUAAUUCUUUUGAGUCAGUAGAGAAUGGUUUUUCAGAGAGUUUUAAUAGUGUGAUUUUGGAUGCCCGGAAGAAACCAAUAAUAAGCAUGUUAGAGGACAUUCGUAUAUAUGUGAUGCAAAGGAUGGUGACUAUGAAACUAACUGGACAAGGAUGGAAUGCUUAUUCUGUUUGUCCAAAUAUCAGAAUACGGUUGAAUAUGCUCCAAACUGAGCAAAGGCAUUGGCAUGUCAUUUCUUGUGGGGGGAUGAAGUUUGAGGCAAGGAAGAUGGACGAGGCGUUUACUGUGGAUGUUGAAAAAAAGGAAUGCAGCUGCAGGCUAUGGCAACUUAAUGGAUAUGGCUGCGUACACUCAGUUACCACCUUAGCCUACUUAAAUUUGACACCUGACGGUCCAUAUGUAGAUCCAAUGUACUUGGCUGCAUUAUACCAUAAUACUUACAAACAACCAAUCCAUGGGAUGAAUGGACAAAAUAUGUGGCCUUCUACUGACUUGAUACCCCCUUUGCCUCCAUUGAAAAGACGUAUGCCAGGAAGGCCAACCAUAAAGAGAAGAAGAGAUGCUUCUGAACGGAUGGGAAAACAUACCGUCUGCAAGGCAGGGAAGAAAGUUUCUUGCAGCAUAUGCAAGGAGAAAGGACACAACAAGGCUACUUGGGAUGAUGAGGUAAUCGUAGAUGCUAUUGAUGCUUUGGAUAGGCCUAGAGAUGAAGAGAAAAUGGUGGGAGUCAAUGGACGGGAUGAAGGGGUGAAUGUCAAUGCUCGAGUUAAGCAUGUUAAACCACCUAAAAUGCAAAAGAAAUCAGAACGAAUCAUUAAACUGAAGCUUGCAAAAAAUGUGGGAGGUGAAGGUAGCAGUGUUGCAACGACCAUGGACUUGGAUUAA